AUGGCGUUUGCUAUUGAGGUUCCUGGGGAAGCUGUUCCUUUGACCCCGCAACAGGUAUUCCUGGCUCUCCAGUCUGCAGGCUCAUCGCAACAAGCAGUAUAUUUAGACAAAUCACUUCCUCCUGAAGUUCGUUACCUCGCGAUUAUCCAGCUCAAGAAUGGAAUCGAUAAAUACUGGCGAAAGGCUGCCCCAAAUGCCAUCACGAAAGAAGAAAAGAACGAAGUACGCUCGCGACUAAUAGAGGGAGGCAUCGAAGAACCGGACACAAGAUUUGCUUUACAAAAUGCCUUAGUAGUUUCCAAAGUUGUUCGGAUCGAUUAUCCUUUGGACUGGCCGGAUGUUUUGACAACAUUGAUCGAGGUUCUGCGGAAAGCCAACCAGACAAAUCAAACGCAUCUGAAGAGAGGCAUGCUGAUAAUGUUACAAGUUAUCAAGGAACUAUCCACUGCAAGACUGCGUACAUCGCAAACGAGCCUCAAAUCGGUUACACCAGAGAUCGUAUACCUUUUGACCGAAAUUUAUACCCAAAAAAUUGAUGAAUGGAUGGCGUUUUUGAACGGUAACGGUGAAGACGAAGGAGGAGCUGUGGAUGCUAUGGAGAACAGCCUAUACUCUAUCAAGAUUUUACGACGGCUUCUAAUCGUUGGAUAUGACUACCCAAAUCAUUCAAAGGAUGUCCAGCAAAUGUGGGAACUCUCACAACGACAGUUUGGUCAAUUCCUGGACAUGGUAUCCCGAGACCCGCCUAUAAUAGUCUCUCCUGCCAAAGAGCUCGUUGAAAAGCAUCUCAUACAGUUCUCAAAACUUCAUGUACAAAUGUCAACCCUACAUCCGGCUGCGUUCGCGCUCCUGCCCAGCUCUCUCGAUCUAGUAAGGUCAUACUGGGGAUUGGUGGAAAGUUUCGGUGAGUCAUAUGGCUCAGCUACUCAAGAUUUCAGUGCAAAGGCUACAGACCAAGACACAAACAUGAAAGUUCAGCGGCCGGUCAUGGAGAAGCUUUGCUUAAAAGGAUUGACACUGCUUCGAUCGUGUUUGAAGAUGGUAUUCAGUCCAGCGCAGUCGUUCAAGUAUCGAAACCCGGAAGUGAAGGCGGAACAGCAAGAGGGUGUGGCAAUAAUCAAAGCACAAUUAUUUACAGAAGAUCUUGUCCGCCAGAUGGCGAACAUCAUCGUGACAAAGUUCUUCAUUUUCCGCCAGGUUGAUCUUGAAGCGUGGGAAGAAGAUGAAGAUGAAUGGGAGAUCCGAGAGGAAGGUGGCGGGGACACCUGGGAAUUCGAAGUACGACCAUGUUCGGAAAAAUUGUUCAUGGAUCUGGUCCUCAAUUACAAACAACUCUUGGUAGAUCCCUUGUUGUCAUUCUUCCAGUCUGUGGCAGGCACGGAGCAAAUUUCUGUUGUAACAAAAGACGCCGUCUACACUGCAAUGGGACUCGCCGCGCCGGUCGUUUACGAAAAUUUCGACUUUGAUUCGUUUUUGACCUCAACUCUUGUCAAUGAUGUUAGACAAUCGGGUCCUGGAUAUAAGGUGCUUCGGAGACGUAUUGCUAUAUUAAUAGGGCAGUGGAUUACGAUCAAGAUUGCUGAAGAUAACAGGACUCUCGUAUACCAGAUAUUUCAACAUCUGCUCAACAAGGAAGAUGAAACGAAUGACUAUGUUGUGAGGGUCACUGCUGCCAGACAAUUCAAGGCUGUUGUGGAAGACUUUAGCUUCAUUGCAGAAAGCUUCCUACCAUACGCUCCAGACUUUCUUGCUCGAAUGAUGGCUUUGAUACAAGAGGUUGAAAAUACAGAAACAAAAAUGGCAAUACUGGAAACCAUAAGAAUGAUUGCUGUACGCCUAGAGAACAACAUUUCGCCAUUCGCGGAUCAUAUUGUCUCCAUUUUGCCAGACCUUUGGGAGGCAUCCGGAGACGAACAUCUAAUGAAACAAGCGAUUCUAACUUUACUAUCGACUUUGGUAACCGCAAUGAAGGACCAAGCUCAGCGAUAUCAUGCCAUGAUUCUACCACUCAUUCACCGAGCUGUCGAACCAGGGUCAGAAAUGCAAGUGUAUCUACUUGAGGAUGCAUUGGAUCUCUGGAGUACAAUUUUGACACAAACUUCGGCGCCCGCCUCUCAAGAGGUACUCGCCUUGGCAGAUUGUGCGUUCCCACUUCUCGAAAUCGGUUCAGACAACCUUCGAAUUGUCCUCACUAUUGUUGAGUCGUAUAUUCUUCUAGCUCCUGAAGCAAUGUUGGGUGAUACUGUGCGUCUUCGGCUUGUUUCGUAUAUGACUAGUCUACUGGGCGUUAAGAAGAGGGAACUUGCUGGAUUGGUAACCUCAAUCGUUGAAGGUAUUAUACGUGCCGCGGAAAAGCUUGGAGGAGCUGAAGGAGUCAGACUUGUAGCGAAAGAUCUGUUCGAAGCUGGUAUCAUCGAGAAAGUUAUCUCCGGGCUUCGUAAUGCAUGGGAGGCUCAUCAAACUGUCGGACCGGAACGCAAAUACCCUAAACUUGAUGAUGUGGUGGAGACCGAUUACUUCACCAUUCUUGCGCGACUUGCUCUUGCCGAUCCUGCUAUAUUCACUUCAAUUCUAAGCAUGGUUGGUAACGCCAGCGAAGUCUGGUCGUGGCUUGGGACGGAGUGGUUCCAACACUUCGACAGUAUGGCUAAUAUUGACCGCCAAAAGCUGUCGUGUCUGGCCCUCACACGUUUGCUCGAGCUUCCUGCGCCAAUGAAUGUGCUAGCAUUAGACAAACUGCAAGACUACUUUGCAAUGUGGACUUCUGUUGUUUCAGAAAUGUCUACAGGUCGUGACGACGCUGGUGAUAACUUGAUUUGGGGGCCGUCUGAAGGCAAUGAAUUCGAAGGACCCGAAGACGCACGAAAGCGGAUCAAUUCAAGCUCUGAUCCGGUACACAGCGUGCACACUUUCGACUUCAUCAAGGAGAGACUGGGUCAAUUUGUUAAUUCAUGCGGAGGUGAAGAAAGUUUCCAAGUCAAUUUUGCGGUCAACGUAGAUAAAGAGGUGUUGCAAGCAUUUCAGCGACUGGGCACACAAGAGAGUGUUGCCCCAGGAGACUUUUGGGCGGAUGGGAAUACACUAUAG